AUGACCGUACGGAAUCCUUUGGUCUGCAAGGGAAGAAAUAGCAACGGGAUUAACACUACGGAGCUUACUAUUAGAUCUAAUGAGAAAUAUUCUUCCCACCCGAAUAUUACCCCCCUGAGUUCUACACCGGUCAGGAAUCAGGAAAAGGAAGCAGGUCAGGACAGGAACACGCCCGAGCGGCGCCUCGUGAUGCGUGUGGAGAAAGAAUUGGAUGAUUUAGUUCAAGCGGGAAUUCUUACAAAAGUAGGAAAUUCAGAAUGGGCUACACCCAUUGUUCCAGUCCUAAAAGCAAACGGUACGAUUCGAGUUUGUGGAGAUUACAAGUCCACGAUAAAUUCAAAAUUAAUAAUCGACGAACACCCGCUACCUACUAUAAAUGAACUUUUAGCUAAACUAGCAGGCGGUACAAAAUUCACAAAAAUUGAUUUACGUCAAGCAUAUUUACAACUAGAAUUACGCCCGGAGGAUAGGAAAUUGCUUACUUUAAAUACUCAUAAGGGACUAUACGCAGUCAAUAGAUUAAUGUACGGAAUCGCGUCUGCUCCGGCAAUAUGGCAGAGAACACUGGAACAAAUACUACAAGAUAUUCCGGGGGUGGCAAUAUUUAUAGAUGAUAUAGUAAUUACAGUGCAUUCAGAUUGCGAGCAUUUGCAAAGAUUACAACUAGUGUUAGAGAGAUUACAUCAGCACAACGUACGAAUAAAUUUAGACAAAUCAGUUUUCUUUACACAUGAAGUUCAAUACUGCGGUUACGUUUUAAAGGCAAACGGAAUAUAUAAGCAACGCGAAAAAAUGGAGGCUAUAAAUAAAAUGCCACGUCCCCAAAACAUUCCCGAUGUCCGCGCCUUUAUCGGUAUGAUAAAUUAUUAUAGUAGAUUCAUUAGGAAUUUAAGUUCUAUCUUACAACCAUUAAAUAAAAUAUUACAUAAAGGUACACAUUUUAUAUGGGGAGAUGAGCAAGAAAAAGCUUUCAAAAAGGCAAAAGAAGCAUUUAUGAGUAACCAAGUUUUGGCUCAUUUCGAUCAAAAAGUACCGAUUGUCCUCGCAACAGAUGCUAGUCCUUACGGGGUAGGGGCAGUACUUUCACACCUAUAUCCUGACGGGACGGAAAGGGUGAUUCAAUUUGCGUCUCAGACGUUAUCGAAAACGCAACAAAAGUACGCACAAAUUGAUAAGGAAGCAUACAGGAUUCAAUUACACGACACAUUGCCGGUAGAUGCUAAAAGCAUGGCGUUAUAUACAAAGAAAGAUACGGAAUUACAGAAACUUUUACACGCGUUACAAUCAGGUUCUCUGGCACAUAGCACUGAUAGAUUUAAUUUGGAACAAACAGAAUUUACUUUACAAAGCGGAAUAAUUUUUCGAGGUGACCGAGUGGUAAUACCAAAAGCGUUGCGCACUAGAGUAUUAGAUGAAUUAUACACUGGUCAUUUCGGUAUAAAUAAAAUGAAAGGAAUUGCAAGAGGGUAUUGCUGGUGGUCAGGAAUUGAUCAUGAUAUUAAAACAUUGGUUGAAAAUUGUCAAUCCUGUAAUACGGUUAGAAAUAAUCCACCGAAAGUGGAGCAACACUUGUGGGAACCAUCAGCUGCACCGAUGCAUCGAGUACACGCGGAUUUUGCGGGUCCUUUCUUAGGGAAAUAUUUUUUUAUAGUAGUCGAUGCUUAUUCGAAAUGGCCAGAACGCCUUAUAAUAGCCACUAAUGGCCAAGCAGAACGUUUUGUUCAAACCUUAAAGAAUGCUUUACGACGCAUGAAUGCAAAUGCAACUAACGUAGAAGAGAAUCUUUGUAAAAUGUUACUACAUUACCGUAUUGCGCCUCAUGCGACAACAAAUAAAUCCCCAGCGGAAUUAUUUAUGGGAAGAAAAUUACGAACACGAUUAGACUUAUUAUUUCCAUUACAAGGGGAAGAUGAG